UGAUUGGUCAUCCUCAGGACCUUUAAUAUUUCAGACACAUGGACGGGCUCUGUAGGACUCAAUACUGCACUCAAUACAGUAUUUAAAUACGCGAGUACUUGAUGAUGGCGGUAAAUAAGGUUGUAAGAUGGCCCAAGAUAUAUCUCUUCGGAGACUCAAUAACACAGUACUGUUUCAGUGGUGAAGGCUGCUGGGGAGCUCUUGUGGCUGAUCACUUUCAGAGGAGAGCUGAUGUAGUUGCUAGAGGAUUUUCUGGCUACAACACCCGCCAAUGCCUAGCUCUGUUGCCUUACGUGGCCGCAGACCUUAAAGAUGUUGUUGGAGCGACUGUUUUCCUCGGAGCCAAUGAUGCAAGUGAACCUGUAAACACACAGCAGUUUGUACCUCUGCAGGAAUAUGUCCAGAACCUGAAGGAUAUUGUUGCACACUUCCAGAAAGCUGGAAUAGAUCCUGUUGUGAUAACUCCACCGGCCCUAGAUGGUAAAGCUUGGCACGAGAACUGUAAGGAAAGAGAUCGCUUGUACACAAAGGAUGAGGAACUCACUGCUAUGUACGCACAGGCUUGUUCUCACACCGCAAUUGAGCUGAAAGUUCCAUGUAUUGACCUUCAUACUGCCAUGAUGGUCGAGGAGAACUGGCAGGGUCUCCUCAGCGAUGGUCUCCACCUCUCUUGCAGGGGAUCAGAGCUACUGGCAUCCCUGUUAGUGCCAGUGCUGGAGAAACACGUCAACAACCUCCCCUCAGAACUCCUGCUGCCUCUCUGGGAUGAACUUGAUGCUAAAAAUCCCAGCGACUCUUUUGUUGAAUGGUGUAAGAAAAAUGGAGGUAAAUUUUCUUAAUAUUUGCCCAAGUUGGUUUCAAUAUCUUCUAAUGUCACCAAGAAUUACAUCGUAUUUUGUGAACUACUUUUUUACUAAUAUAUAAACUUAAAUUAACCCCUUGUGUAAGGGGUCGCCACUGAGCUGAAUAAGAUAAUAAAAGUGGUGUCCCCAUAGUGAAGGUGUUAAAGUCAUUCUGUAUUCUCUAUGUAUAGUAGUUGAUGCUGUCUUCCAUGAUAGCUCAUCACACAACAGUUGGUGAUGGUUGUGUGUGUCCUGCUGCUUCCUCUUAAAAGUAUUAUAUUGUAAGUCAAUAUUGAGAGGAGGAUAACGAGAUGUUUCCAGUGAUAUAAUCUUAAUCUUUGGUAACAAUUAUAUCUCAGUGUGAGCCUAAUUUUGUUGUAUUAUAUAAUGUAUGGUCAGUCACAGGACUACUUCUCUACUGUAUUUUCCCGGCACACAUGGUACCGACUCAAAUCAACAUUCCUCGUAGGCCAAGCGCUAUCAAGUCUCAGUCUCUAUGCUUUAAAAAAAUACAAUUAUUAAAACCAUA